AUGCGGCUAGCAAUACUGCUGUUAGCCUGCUUAGGCUUCAUCGCAUUGGCUGCGUCGAAUUUUGUAACACAAGUUGGCCCACCUGGUCCUCCAGGACCAACAGGCGUGCCUGGUGCCCCAGGUCCAAAGGGUGAGAAAGGUGAACGAGGAACGGACGGACGCACUGGCUUAACCGGCGCGCAAGGACCAUCCGGUCGACGCGGUCACACAGGCAGUCCUGGCCCGAUAGGUCCACCAGGUGUGCCGGGUUUGCGUGGGCCAAGGGGCUAUGAUGGCGAACGGGGACCAGAAGGACCGACAGGGCCACCGGGACCAACUGGACCUACUGGUACUUAA